AUGGUUGAUAAAGAAGCUGCAAGGAGGGAAUAUCCUGACAUCCGAGCCCUGGAACAUUCAACAUUAAAAGUACCGUACGAGAUCCUCAACAAGAAAUUCAGAACUGCUCAAAAGGCAAUCGAUAGAGAAGUUGCUAAUGUGUUAGGAGGAAGUAAUGAUAUACUACAUUGCUCUUCAGAUUCACAGAACCAGUCUAUCGAUUCAGUCGCCGAUUUUCUAGGAGGUGUUGUUCAGAAACUAACUGCUUUGAAAAGAAAGGCUGAUGAUUGUUACCAGCAAGAGCAAGGAUGUAUUAAGAACUGUAAAUUAAGAAUUAGCCAUUUGCAAGAUAGAAUGGAUCAAGUCAGGAAAGAUUUGCCUGAAAAUGAUUUUACAGUUACUAUGUGGCAGAGGAAACGCUGCAAUCGUUUUAUAGUUGAUCAUCUAUUACGACAAGGAUAUUACAAGGCUGCAAUUGAUCUCAUGGAAGAAUCUGAUAUUGAGGGGCUGUGCAACAUCGAAAUCUUCACCGUUGCGCGAAAAAUUGAAGCUUCCUUGCAAGCUAAUAAUAUCACUUUAUGCUUAAACUGGUGUAUUGAUAAUAGGUCCAGAUUAAAAAAAAUUAAGAGCACGUUAGAGUUUAAUUUACGAAUGCAAGAAUUUAUCGAACUCAUCCGGGAAGGAAAGCGAUUAGAUGCAGUAAAGUACGCAAGGCGACACUUUUCUAAUAUAGAUUCAAGCAGCUGUGACUUAAUGAAGCGUGCAAUGGGGUUAUUGGCUUUUCAGAUAGAUACCAAUUGUCAACCGUACCAAGAUAUGUAUGAUCCACAGCGAUGGAAAAUGUUACUGCGACAGUUUCGGGAUGAUAUUUUUUCCUUGUAUCAACUUAAAGAACGAUCAAUGUUCUCUGUUAUCCUUCAAGUUGGUCUGGCGUCUUUAAAAACUCCUGACUGCUACGACGAAAACAAGAAGAGUUUGCAAUGUCCAAUAUGUAGCAGUAACUUCAAUGAAAUAGCUCGAACUCUGCCAUUUUCGCACUGUUCUCACUCACGCUUGGUAUGCAGAAUAAGUGGCGAAGAAAUGAAUGGUAACAAUCCUCCAAUGAUGUUGCCAAAUGGAAUGGUUUACAGCGAGAAGGCUCUACUGAAAUUAGCCGAUUCUAACCAUGGAACAGUAAUCUGUCCACGAACUAAUACUAGUUACCCGUUUAGCGAAUUAAAACGAGUAUUUUUACUAUAA